ACUGGCCUGUAUGGCACAGGUCGUACUAUAUUGCACUCACCUCUAACCACAGGGUAGCUGGUUCAAGCUCCACCUUGAUGCCUCUGCUGUCCUGUUGUUUCAGGGAAGUCACUGAAGGAGAUGGAGGAGAGUCUGUCCAGCUUUGGAAUCAAACAGGGAUGUAAACUCAUGAUGAUUGGGAAGAGGGUAAGACCUUCGUAGUUCUGCUGUCUGACUGGCACUCACUCAUUUGUUUAUUCAUUCGGUCAAUCAUUCAUUUGUUCGUUCAUUCAUUCCUAAAAUGGUUUGAAUACAGACCUGUGUGUUGUCUCCUCUCAGAACAGCCCAGAGGAGGAGUCCGAGCUGAAGAAGUUGAAGGACAUUGAGAAGUCAGUAGAAGAGACUGCUAAGAAACUGGAGAAGGUGGAUGGAGAGCUGACAGGCCUGAAGAAUGUAUGUUCUGAUACUUUAUAUCUACAUAUAUAUUUUUGUUGUUACAACCUGAAUUUAAAAUUACUUAAAUUAAGAUGUAGUGUCACUGAUCUACACACAAUACCCCAUGUCAUUUUACAUUUACAUUUUAGUCAUUUAGCAGACGCUCUUAACCAGAGCGACUUACAGGAGCAAUUAGGGUUAAGUGCCUUGCUCAAGGGCACAUUAACGUCAUUUAGCAGAAGCUCUUAGCCAGAGCGACUCACAAAUUGGUGCGUUCACCCUAUAGCCAGUGGGAUAACCACUUUACAAGUCAAAGUGACAUUUUGUUUGUAGAAUGUUAAAAAAAUUGAUAAAACAUUUCAAGUAUUCAACCCCCUUUGUUAUGGCAAGCCUAAAUAAGUUCAGGAGUUUUGAAUGACUACCCCAUCUCUGUACCCCACACAUCUGUAAGGUCCCUCAAUCGAGUAGUGAAUUUCAAGCACAAAUUCAACCACAAAGACCAGGGAGGCUUUUCAAUGCCUCAGAAAGAAUGGCACCUAUUGGUAGGUGUGUAGAAAACAAAAAAACAAAGCAGACGCUGAAUAUCCCUUUAGCAUGGUGAAGUUAUGACACUUUGGAUGGUGUAUCAAUAAACCCAGUCAAUACAAAGGUACAGGCGUCCUUCCUAACUCAGUUGCCGGAGAGGAAGGAAACCGAUCAGGGAUUUCACCAUGAGGCCAAUGGUGACUUUAAAACAGAGUUUAAUGGCUGUGAUGGGAGGGAACAGAGGAUGGAUCAACAUUGUAGUUAUUCCACAGUACUAACCUCAUUGACAGUGAAAAUAAGGAUAUUCUAAAACAUGCAUCCUGUUUGUAACAAGCCACUAAAGUAAUACUGCAAAAAAUGUCGCAAAGAAAUUAACUUUUAGUCCUGAAUACAAAGCAUUAUGUUUGGGGCAAAUACAACACAUCACUGAGUACCACUCUUUUUAUUUUGACGGUGACUGCAUCACGUUAUGGGUAUGCUUGUCAUCGGCAACGACUACUGAGUUUUUUAGGAUAAAAUAAACGGAAUACAGCUAUAAGCACAGGCUAAAUCCUCGAGGAAAACCUGGUUCAGUGUGCUUUACAACAGACACUGGGAGAUGAAUUCACCUUUCAGCAGGACAAUAACCUAAAACACAAGGUCAAAUCUACACUGGGUUGCUUACCAAGACGACAUUGAAUGUUCCUGAGUGGCCUAGUUACAGUUUUGACAAGUCAAGACUUGAAUGAUCAGCAAUCAACUUGACAGAGCUUGAAGAAUUUUAAAGAUUAAUGUGCAAAUAUUGUAAAAUCCAGGUGUGCAAAGCUCUUAGAGACUUACCCCAAAAGACUCACAGCUGUAAUCACUACCAAAUGUGCUUCUACAAAGUAAAUUAGAUAUUUCUGUAUUUCAUUUUGAAUACAUUUAUAAAAAUGUCUGAAAACAUGUUUUCAAUUUGCCAUUAUGUGGAUGGGUGAGAUCAACAAAACAUUUUUUAGAUCCAUUUUGAAUUCAGGCUGAAACAACAAAAUGGAAUAAGUCAAGGGGUAAGAAUACUUUCUGAAGGCACUGUAGGGUUAGGGUUAGGGUUAUAUACAUGAAUAUAUAUACUAGGGUUAGGGUUAUAUACAUGAAUAUAUAUACUAGGGUUAGGGUUAUAUACAUGAAUAUAUAUACUAGGGUUAGGGUUAUAUACAUGAAUAUAUAUACUAGGGUUAGGGUUAUAUACAUGAAUAUAUAUACUAGGGUUAGGGUUAUAUACAUGAAUAUAUAUACUAGGGUUAGGGUUAUAUACAUGAAUAUAUAUACUAGGGUUAGGGUUAUAUACAUGAAUAUAUAUACUAGGGUUAGGGUUAUAUACAUGAAUAUAUAUACUAGGGUUAGGGUUAUAUACAUGAAUAUAUAUACUAGGGUUAGGGUUAUAUACAUGAAUAUAUAUACUAGGGUUAGGGUUAUAUACAUGAAUAUAUAUACUAGGGUUAGGGUUAUAUACAUGAAUAUAUAGAUAUACUAGGGUUAGGGUUAUAUACAUGAAUAUAUAUACUAGGGUUAGGGUUAUAUACAUGAAUAUAUAUACUAGGGCUGUGAUGAUACCAGUAUCGCUAUAUUUCUUCCAUAUAAAAAAUUAAAACACGAAGCUGACAUUUUUUGUAUGUAAAAUAUUAUGUGCUAUAGCUUGGGGAAAAAAUACGUGACUCUGGAUGACAACAUAAUUAUGUUUGUUUCCUAAACAAGUUAAGUCCGCUUUGUGUUUUGUUUCCUUGCCACAAUACUAAGGAGUAUCGCGAUACUGGUAUGGUCCCGGCCCUAUUAAAUACCAAAGCAGCACUCCCUAUUCUACCCUGGCAUCCUUACCAAACUAACUGAGACCCAGCAGUAGUGUUGGCACAGAUAAUGCCCAGAGGCUGCACUGGUCAGCACAUACACAGGAAGGAGCUUUUCUUAGCCCUCUAUUCUGUUACUGUUGUUCUAUAGGGGUUCCUAGCUAAAGACCUGCAGGCCGAGGCGCUGGGGAGACUGGACCAAAGAGUGAAGGUGGCAUCUGAACAGUUCAUGAAGUUUCUAGAGCAGGUGGACUCUAUGGUAACACAGCCCUAACCCUCCUACACCUAGUACUGGUCCCCCUAACCCUCCUACACCUAGUACUGGUCCCCCUAACCCUCCGACACCUAGUACUGGUCCCCCUAACCCUCCUACACCUAGUACUGGUCCCCCUAACCCUCCUACACCUAGUACUGGUCCCCCUAACCCUCCUACACCUAGUACUGGUCCCCCUAACCCUCCUACACCUAGUACUGGUCCCCCUAACCCUCCUACACCUAGUACUGGUCCCCCUAACCCUCCUACACCUAGUACUGGUCCCCCUAACCCUCCUACACCUAGUACUGGUCCCCCUAACCCUCCUACACCUAGUACUGGUCCCCCUAACCCUCCUACACCUAGUACUGGUCCCCCUAACCCUCCUACACCUAGUACUGGUCCCCCUAACCCUCCUACACCUAGUACUGGUCCCCCUAACCCUCCUACACCUAGUACUGGUCCCCCUAACCCUCCUACACCUAGUACUGGUCCCCCUAACCCUCCUACACCUAGUACUGGUCCCCCUAACCCUCCUACACCUAGUACUGGUCCCCCUAACCCUCCUACACCUAGUACUGGUCCCCCUAACCCUCCCUACACCUAGUACUGGUCCCCCUAACCCUCCUACACCUAGUACUGGUCCCCCUAACCCUCCUACACCUAGUACUGGUCCACCUAACCCUCCUACACCUAGUACUGGUCCCCUAACCCUCCUACACCUAGUACUGGUCCCCCUAACCCUCCUACACCUAGUACUGGUCCCCCUAACCCUCCUACACCUAGUACUGGUCCCCCUAACCCUCCUACACCUAGUACUGGUCCCCCUAACCCUCCUACACCUAGUACUGGUCCCCCUAACCCUCCUACACCUAGUACUGGUCCCCCUAACCCUCCUACACCUAGUACUGGUCCCCCUAACCCUCCUACACCUAGUACUGGUCCCCCUAACCCUCCUACACCUAGUACUGGUCCCCCUAACCCUCCUACACCUAGUACUGGUCCCCCUAACCCUCCUACACCUAGUACUGGUCCCCCUAACCCUCCUACACCUAGUACUGGUCCCCCUAACCCUCCUACACCUAGUACUGGUCCCCCUAACCCUCCUACACCUAGUACUGGUCCACCUAACCCUCCUACACCUAGUACUGGUCCCCCUAACCCUCCUACACCUAGUACUGGUCCCCCUAACCCUCCUACACCUAGUACUGGUCCCCCUAACCCUCCUACACCUAGUACUGGUCCCCCUAACCCUCCUACACCUAGUACUGGUCCCCCUAACCCUCCUACACCUAGUACUGGUCCCCCUAACCCUCCUACACCUAGUACUGGUCCCCCUAACCCUCCUACACCUAGUACUGGUCCCCCUAACCCUCCUACACCUAGUACUGGUCCCCCUAACCCUCCUACACCUAGUACUGGUCCCCCUAACCCUCCUACACCUAGUACUGGUCCCCCUAACCCUCCUACACCUAGUACUGGUCCCCCUAACCCUCCUACACCUAGUACUGGUCCCCCUAACCCUCCUACACCUAGGACUGGUCCCCUAACCCUCCUACACCUAGUACUGGUCCCCCUAACCCUCCUACACCUAGUACUGGUCCCCCUAACCCUCCUACACCUAGUACUGGUCCCCCUAACCCUCCUACACCUAGUACUGGUCCCCCUAACCCUCCUACACCUAGUACUGGUCCCCCUAACCCUCCUACACCUAGUACUGGUCCCCCUAACCCUCCUACACCUAGUACUGGUCCCCCUAACCCUCCUACACCUAGUACUGGUCCCCCUAACCCUCCUACACCUAGUACUGGUCCCCCUAACCCUCCUACACCUAGUACUGGUCCCCCUAACCCUCCUACACCUAGUACUGGUCCCCCUAACCCUCCUACACCUAGGACUGGUCCCCCUAACCCUCCUACACCUCUGUACUGGUCCCCCUAACCCUCCUACACCUAGUACUGGUCCCCCUAACCCUCCUACACCUAGUACUGGUCCCCCUAACCCUCCUACACCUAGUACUGGUCCCCCUAACCCUCCUACACCUAGUACUGGUCCCCCUAACCCUCCUACACCUAGUACUGGUCCCCCUAACCCUCCUACACCUAGUACUGGUCCCCCUAACCCUCCUACACCUAGUACUGGUCCCCCUAACCCUCCUACACCUAGUACUGGUCCCCCUAACCCUCCUACACCUAGUACUGGUCCCCCUAACCCUCCUACACCUAGUACUGGUCCCCCUAACCCUCCUACACCUAGUACUGGUCCCCCUAACCCUCCUACACCUAGUACUGGUCCCCCUAACCCUCCUACACCUAGUACUGGUCCCCCUAACCCUCCUACACGUAUUUAGGCCUGCUCCUAAAGCAGGUGGACUCUAUGGUAACACAACCUUAUUAACAAACACACAGUUCUAGUCAGGUGGACUGGUAACACAGAUCCCUCUAGUCAGGUGGACUGGUAACACAGAUCCCUCUAGUCAGGUGGACUGGUAACACAGAUCCCUCUAGUCAGGUGGACUGGUAACACAGAUCCCUCUAGUCAGGUGGACUGGUAACACAGAUCCCUCUAGUCAGGUGGACUGGUAACACAGAUCCCUCUAGUCAGGUGGACUGGUAACACAGAUCCCUCUAGUCAGGUGGACUUUAUGGUAACACAGAUCCCUCUAGUCAGGUGGACUGGGUAACACAGAUCCCUCUAGUCAGGUGGACUGGUAACACAGAUCCCUCUAGUCAGGUGGACUGGUAACACAGAUCCCUCUAGUCAGGUGGACUGGUAACACAGAUCCCUCUAGUCAGGUGGACUCUAUGGUAACACAGAUCCCUCUAGUCAGGUGGACUGGUAACACAGAUCCCUCUAGUCAGGUGGACUGGUAACACAGAUCCCUCUAGUCAGGUGGACUGGUAACACAGAUCCCUCUAGUCAGGUGGACUGGUAACACAGAUCCCUCUAGUCAGGUGGACUGGUAACACAGAUCCCUCUAGUCAGGUGGACUGGUAACACAGAUCCCUCUAGUCAGGUGGACUGGUAACACAGAUCCCUCUAGUCAGGUGGACUGGUAACACAGAUCCCUCUAGUCAGGUGGACUGGUAACACAGAUCCCUCUAGUCAGGUGGACUGGUAACACAGAUCCCUCUAGUCAGGUGGACUGGUAACACAGAUCCCUCUAGUCAGGUGGACUGGUAACACAGAUCCCUCUAGUCAGGUGGACUGGUAACACAGAUCCCUCUAGUCAGGUGGACUGGUAACACAGAUCCCUCUAGUCAGGUGGACUGGUAACACAGAUCCCUCUAGUCAGGUGGACUGGUAACACAGAUCCCUCUAGUCAGGUGGACUGGUAACACAGAUCCCUCUAGUCAGGUGGACUGGUAACACAGAUCCCUCUAGUCAGGUGGACUGGUAACACAGAUCCCUCUAGUCAGGUGGACUGGUAACACAGAUCCCUCUAGUCAGGUGGACUGGUAACACAGAUCCCUCUAGUCAGGUGGACUGGUAACACAGAUCCCUCUAGUCAGGUGGUGAGACUAGUAGGGGUAACACAGAUCCCUCUAGUCAGGUGGACUGGUAACACAGAUCCCUCUAGUCAGGUGGACUGGUAACACAGAUCCCUCUAGUCAGGUGGACUGGUAACACAGAUCCCUCUAGUCAGGUGGACUGGUAACACAGAUCCCUCUAGUCAGGUGGACUGGUAACACAGAUCCCUCUAGUCAGGUGGACUGGUAACCCCUGGCUACUGGUCUUAUCACAGGGUGUCUUGACUCUGUAAACACUAAAACAACUGUCAUGUUAACAGACUUUACCAGACAACUUCGGUGACUGUCGGAUGAAGAAAAAGGGACUAGUAAAAAGAAUUCAGGUGAGUCUGUUUCAUUUCUGAUUAACUCUCAAUGAGAGUUCAAGUAGGUCCUUAUUCCACUUGAGUAAUAUAAAACAAUGCUGUUAAUACGUUGUUGCUAGUUAUUACAGGGUUACUACAAAGCAGCCGCAGGUCUAAGAAUAUCCUCUGUCUCCUCCUGUUCUUCCUCCAGGGGUUCCUGGCUCAGUGUGAUAAGAUCGAAGCAGGGAUUUUAGACCACUUGGCUAAGAUCCAGUCGAAGAACCUGGCCCUGGUAGAUUCUUAGAUCUACUAGUUCACACAGUUCUACUGAAUGACCAUCUGGGAUCUCCUAUGUCCAUCUGUCUGCUGCUCCACAUCUCUCUACCUACCAGCCCUCUCUGCUGCGGUCCUGCCCUGGUCUCCACUGGGAUCGCUCUACCUACCAGCCCUCUCUGCUGUGGUCCUGCCCUGGUCUCCACUGGGAUCUCUCUACCUACCAGCCCUCUCUGCUGUGGUCCUGCCCUGGUCUCCACUGGGUCACCAUCUGGGAUCUGGGGAAAUCCAUUUGAUUUCAAUUACUUUUUGACAGCAUCCCUUUCGAUUUGAACAAAACCUUCCAUACAUAUUGGCCCAUUGUAGAUAUGGUCAGAAAGGGGCUUUUGGGACCUGAAUGCCAAAACACUGAAGACAUAAAGGUGGUCAAAGUCGACCUAUUAUAAACCCUCUCUACCUAACCCUCUCUACCUAACCCUAACCCUCUCUACCUAACCCUAACCCUCUCUACCUAAC